CGGACCGCGCCGGAGGAGCACUUCCGCCGGACGCACGCACUUCCGGCCUCCUGGAACCAAUGAGAGUGCGACCGAGGUGUUCUCCUCGCUGGCGUCCGGGCCGCGGGUGGUCUCCGGGAGCAUUGGGACCGGCGGACAGUGAGGGCGCGACAACAAGGGAGGUGUCACAGUUUUCCAUUUAGAUCAACAACUUCGAGUUCUUACCAUGGAAAAUUCCGAGAAGACUGAAGUGGUUCUCCUUGCUUGUGGUUCCUUCAAUCCCAUCACCAACAUGCACCUCAGAUUGUUUGAGCUGGCCAAGGACUACUUGAAUGGAACAGGAAGAUACCGAGUUGUCAAAGGCAUCAUCUCUCCCGUUGGUGAUGCCUAUAAGAAGAAAGGACUCAUUCCUGCCCAUCACCGGAUCAUCAUGGCAGAACUUGCCACCAAGAAUUCCAAAUGGGUGGAAGUUGAUACAUGGGAAAGUCUUCAGAAGGAGUGGAAAGAGACUCUUAAGGUGCUAAGACACCAUCAAGAGAAACUGGAGGCUAGUAACUGUGAUCACCAGCAGAAUUCACCUAUGCUAGAAAGGCCUGGACGGAAGAGGAAGUGGACUGAGCCAAAACAAGAUUCUAAUCAAAAGAAAUCCCUAGAUCCGAAAACAAAAGCUGCACCUAAGGUCAAGCUGCUGUGUGGGGCAGAUUUACUGGAGUCCUUUGCUGUUCCCAAUUUGUGGAAGAGUGAAGACAUCACCCAAAUCGUGGCUGACUAUGGGCUCAUAUGUGUUACUCGGGCUGGAAAUGAUGCUCAGAAAUUUAUCUAUGAAUCGGAUGUGCUGUGGAAACACCGGAGCAACAUUCAUGUGGUGAAUGAAUGGAUCACCAAUGACAUCUCAUCCACAAAAAUCCGGAGAGCCCUCAGAAGGGGCCAGAGCAUUCGCUACUUGGUACCAGAUCUUGUCCAAGAGUACAUUGAAAAUCAUAAUUUGUACAGCUCUGAGAGUGAAGACAGGAAUGCUGGGGUCAUCCUGGCCCCUUUGCAGAGAAACACUGCAGAAGCUAAGACAUGAGAAUUCUACAGCAUGAUAUUUUGGACUUCCCGUUUGGGGAUCUGAAACAAUCUGGGCGUUAGUAACUGGGGAAGGAAGUUGUGAUCUGUUGCCUAAACUAAAGCUUAAGUUGAGUAAAAACUGGCCUGGUGUGGUGGCUCACGUCUAUAUUCCCAGCCUGGCAAUAGAGCAAGACUGUCUCAAAAAAAAAAAGUAAAUAAGUUUAGUAAAAAUCAAUGCUAAGUUAAAA